AUGACAGUGAGACAGUCAUUGACAACCCCCACCUCUAUCUCCUCCCCCCCCCCUAGGCAAGUCAAGUCUCUUUCUAUCAUUACAUUAUUGAUUUCUCUUCUCUCCAUACUUUUGCUCUCUCUCUCUCGCCUGACAGUGAACACCAAUUCCAAUCACAAGAGAAUAGCAUACGUCGAACAAUGUUUUGGUGCUGCAGGACAAAAACUGACCCUACCUGGGCGUGUCCUGGUCGGAGAAGGCGUUUUAACAAAAAUGUGCCGCAAGAAGCCGAAGCCGCGUCAAUUUUUCCUCUUCAACGACAUCCUUGUCUAUGGCAACAUCAUAAUCAGUAAGAAACGGUACAAUAAGCAACAUAUUAUUCCAUUGGAUGGUGUAAAAUUGGAAGACAUCGAAGAUGAUGGAAAUCUAAGGAAUGGUUGGAAGAUUCUUAGUCCAAUGAAGUCAUUUGUUGUUUAUGCUGCCACAUCAAGUGAAAAAUCAGAAUGGAUGGCACAUAUUCGCAAAUGUGUCUCAGAUUUGCUCAAGAAAAGAGGAAUUGUCCAAAAGCCCGACAACAACUGUCCCGUAUGGGUACCAGAUGCUGAUGCUUCUGUAUGCAUGUCAUGUAAAAAGUGUGUCUUCUCUGUCAUCAAUAGACGGCACCAUUGUCGAAAAUGUGGCAUUGUCGUUUGUAAUCCGUGCUCCAGUAAAAAAAUGCUUUUGCCACAGCAGUCUUCCAAGCCACAACGUGUUUGCAACAACUGCUUUGAGACGAAUGUAGAUUUGGAUGCAAAUACCACACCCUCGGCAGAUUUCUUCAGUCCAUCAGCGGCUGACGACUCCUCCUCAGGUGAUGAGUCUUCAGAUGAUGAAGAUGAAAGAGGCGAUUCUUACCUGGACAAUGCCAACAAUACAAAUAUUCAAGAUCAACAGGUACAAUUUUAUGAACAAGAGUCGAUGUAG